AUGUCGUCAGCGGUAGGCGACGAGGAUGAGUCGGAGCCGAUGGUCAAACAGAGGGCCGAGGAACCGGCGGCGGGUUCGUCCAUGGAGAGGGCGGAGGAGGGUGAACAUACCGUCCAUCGAAGUUACUACAGUAGUAGUAGGAGCAUCACGGAGGCUUAUUGCGUACGACGGCGGCGGCGGGUCUUGAAGGCCUUGGUAGCGACACUGGCGGCCGCCGUCGCCGCCGUGUGGGUGCCUUCCCUUUGGACGCGCGAGAGCGCGGCCGAGCUCACCACCGUCCAGCUUGGCUGGGAGGGGGGGCGAGGGGAGUGGACGAGGGGGCAGAGGAAGCUUCCGGAGCGCCGCGACGCGAGGUUCCUGCCCCCCGAGUGGGGCUCCGCAGGCUGCAUGAAGCGCUGGGGGGUGCCGUGGCUGCUGACCGAGCCGGAUCCGGCAGGAUAUAUAAUUUUCGUGAACGGCAGGGAGCAGCUCGGAAGCAAUCGCUACCUGCUUUCCGAUGGGCUCUACAUCGCCAAGACUCUCAAUCGCACCUUGGUCGAAUUCCCCGUGGCGAACGCGAGAAUAUCGCGGGCCGACUCCGACCUGGGUUUCGGCGCGUACUGGGACUUGGACAGCUUGUGUCAGUACCAUCGGAUCCUCGGGCUUGGCGCGUUUCGCUCGUUGAUCGAGGCCGGCCGUCUCGAUGUCGAGAAGUUUUUGGUCAUGACCCCGGUCCGCCCGAGCGCAGACCCGAUGUCCACGUUGAGGACGGCGAAGGACGUCCGAGAAGCCUUCGGCGGCUACGAAGACAGCCAGGUGAUCGUGAUGAACGGCCAGUGGAAGAGCAACAUUCGUCGUUAUCCACUGAAGCUCAUUAGACCACUUCCGUUUUACGAGAACCUAGCCCGCCGCCUUAUCGACCAGCAGCAGGGCUGGGAGAACGAGGCGUUCUUGGCCGUUCAGUGGCGGACGGAGACAUCGACCGGGAACCUGACGGCGUGCUACGGCCACGUCCGCGAAGCGGUCGAGAGGUACCGCGAGCAGGAAGGGUUCGACCGCGGCCAGGUGUUCUUCAACACGGACCUGAUGCCGCACUCCUCCGGCACAUACUCCUCCCAGCAACUGGCGGUCAAGCUACAAGUGCUGGCGAUGAUCGACGAGGACUAUCCGUCAGCGAUGAACAACACAGUCACCGCUUACCUGGACAAUCUGGAGGACACCGGGGUACAGUCGCUCACGAGCGGGGUCGUCGCGGCAUUGCCCCGCGUCCUCCUGGCCUCCACCGAGCGGAAGUGGUGGUGGUCGCGAAGAGGCGUUUGCCAGAAGAUUCACUCCCAUUUCGUGGACCUGGUGGUGGAGUUCAGAGAGGCGUUCGACGUCGGGACCGAGGGAGAGACGGCCGCUGCUGUUGGACUGUUUCCCGCCAGGUUCUCCAUGGACGAUUGGUGUUCAGAACAGCUUCGCCCCCACACGUGGGGGUACUUCUCCGAAGGGGCUUGGUUGCCAUCGAAGAGUUGGAAGCGGUAGCACUUGCGUCCGUUCGUUCUCUACAAUUUUGUGAAUUAUGUGUUCUGCUUGCUCGUAGUUUUGUCGGCGUCUCGUGUGUUCGUUUCAAUCGUGUGUUGGUGGUGUUUGUAGACUGCAGGCCACCGGGAUUUUUUUUUAGAAAAUAAAUGGCAUAUAAUCACUGAAGGACUGCCCGUUCGAGAGAACCGCACAGCCGAAGGGAUGUAUGUGUUGAAAGUCUUGUCUUUCAAUAAGUGGGGGGGAAGGGCUGCUGGAUACUGGACUUAUGGUUGCGUCUGAUCAA